AUGCAGCCUUUGCGUAAACGUGACCCCGGUCUGUACGCUGGAAGUCCUCCGGAGUUCUUGACUUCCACAGUGUCGAUGCAAAUUUCGCCAUCGCAGACCAACCGCGGCAAGUCGACUCCUCGUGAGCCUUUACCAAACGAAAAUAAGCCCGGCCGAUACACAAUGAUCGAGGAAUUUGCCGCCAACGGACCAGGCCCUGUCAGACGCGGCCAUCAGCUCAAGCAACAUGGAUACCUUGCCAUAGGGGGUGGUGGGUUCUGGGCUUCCUCGCGCUUUGAUCAGCCUACCCUCGCCCGUCUUUUGUGUUCACUCACUCCCGCCAAGCGCCCAGCAGGAUUCCAGCACAGCCUAGCCAAAGAGAUCGGCCGAAGCGUGGCCGCCACACCUUCGGCAUCCUCAAUCCCCUCUCAGCUUCACCUGUCAUACCCAGGUGUUACCUGGGGAAGCAGUGGAAAGUGGGUUGCUAGUCGCAGCUCUGACCGAUAG